UCUCGCCCAUGAAUCAGACUUUGUAAUCAGUUAAAUGUUUAUUUCCACGGUGGCAAUGUUCAUUGAAAAUGAUUGAGUUUUGCAAUAAGAAGAAAAUGGCUUUUGCCAUACUGUUAUUAAUAAGCUUUUCUGUGAUAACAUUGAUAGUAAAGAGUGUGUGGGCAUCAACAGACUUCCAAAAACUUAUAUCCAACACAACAGCAUGUAAAGAUGUAGAUAUAGUUAAUACUCAGACUUGUUUUAGAUGCAGUAAAAAAGAACUGAGAGCAGAAGUUCCAGUAUGUUCAAAAACAGGAUACAAACAGACAGUUCAAUGUAAAGAUGGAACACAAUUUUGGAGAAGCUGUGAAAUAACACCUGAUAUGGAUGAGAAGAAUUUCUGGAUAUUUUGGGCUGUUAAUAUAGUGAUAGGACUUGUGGCUUUUGUAUAUGUCAGAAGAAGACAGAAAACAUUGGAUGGAAUUCUUAUGGAAAAAAUUAAUAAGCAAUUAGCAUCUGGUUUAUAAUAGAUACUUGUAACGGUUGUUUGGUGGAGAAGGAUUUGAUAUGCAGAGGCGGAUUUAGGGGGGGCAGGGGGGCUAGGGCCCCUCCUUUUGAGAAAAAAAUUUUGGUUGAUUAUAUAAGGAAUCACUGAAACGGGAUGGAAGCAGGCCCCCUCUUAGUCAGCCAGUGGGCCCCCACUUAUGAAAAUUUUUAGAUCCGCCACUGAAUUAUUGUUUGUCAAUAUCAAUUAAAACACAAGUUUUCACACAUUAUCUGAGUUUAGCUAUUUGAUGCAUUAUUCAGUAGUCUGAUAAAUUAUUGUGAAGGAAGUAUUCUUCAUGGGAUGUUGUUUACAACUUUAUCUUGAGAAUUAUUCAGAAUAUGCUAAUAUGAAAUUUAAGAGCAAGAACAAUUUUCAUUAUUUUAUAUCUUUUAGAUAUUACUGCUUUUGAAUAUUUAUUAUCCCAUUCUGAUUCAUAGGUAGUGAACAUGUAUACUGCCUUACUUCUGUCAGUCCACCAAUGUGUCCAUCUGUUCUAUAAAUGUUUUGUCACUUUUUUCUCAUGAACCAUAACUCCUUCCAUUGUUUUGGUAUCAAUCUUCAUGUAAGCACUCUUUACCAUGUGAUAUAUAAACACAUUCUGUUAUUAACUUUCUGUUUAUGCAAUACAAUUCGUCCACAAAAUAGCCAUGUAUAAAAAGAUUUUACCCAUUAUUCAUACAGGAACUACAAAUCAGAGUUGCCUGAAAUUUGGUAUUAAGCUUCAUGCAAGCUAUAUAAAGAGCAUCUGAUGUGUUUGCACAUUUCCUGUCAUCUACACUCAGUUUAUCCAAUUCUUAUUUUAGGUUAAUCGUUAUCAUCAGUCGGCAAUACAUGAAUAAAAAUUCUUGCCAUGAUUAAUAGUAGGGUGUGAAUAAAAAAAAACAUAAGUCAUUUAGUUUGAUUCUAAAGAAAAUGAAUGGUCGAUUUAUGUCUUCGAGAAAAUGAAUUGUUUGAAAGUAUUCUCUCAAGAAAACACUUUUUAGAUAUCUUCCUGAACCAUGGUGGUAAUAAAUGUAUGGUUAGAAAGAAUUUGUAAUGAAUUUAGAAAUAAAUCUCAUAUAUAGACAUAGAACUGGAACAUAUUUACUGAAUUCAUUAUCAAUGUUUGCAUCAUAUGUACAUUUAGCUUCUAUCAUGUCUAUCACAAAUCAUCAUGUUAGUAUUUUGUUAUUUAUUAUUAAUACAUACUUGAAUUAUUGCACACUUUGUUUUUGGAAUAAAAACUAAAAUUUUA